GCCCCGCCCCCUCGGAGCUGAUUCCCGGGACUAGGUUGCGGGAGAAAGCCUGUUGCGUGGAAGAUAAGGCGGCGCGGGAAGUGGACACAGGGUGGGCUGGAGAUCUAACUGGACUCUCGCUCCUGCUGGCUGGACAUGGAGGAUUUGGAGGAAGAUGUAAGGUUUAUUGUGGAUGAGACCUUGGACUUUGGGGGGCUGUCACCAUCUGACAGCCGUGAGGAGGAAGACAUAACAGUGUUGGUGACUCCAGAGAAACCACUUCGACGGGGCCUCUCCCACCGAAGUGACCCAAAUGCAGUGGCACCUGCCCCCCAGGGUGUGAGGCUCAGCCUAGGCCCCCUCAGUCCAGAGAAGCUGGAGGAGAUCCUCGAUGAGGCCAACCGGCUGGCCGCUCAGCUGGAGCAGUGUGCCCUGCAGGAUCGGGAGAGCGCAGGCGAGGGCCUGGGGCCUCGCCGAGUGAAGCCCAGUCCUCGGCGGGAGACCUUUGUGCUGAAGGAUAGUCCUGUCCGAGACCUGCUGCCCACUGUGAACUCUUUGACGCGGAGCACCCCCUCCCCAAGCAGCCUGACGCCUCGACUCCGGAGUAAUGAUAGGAAGGGGUCAGUCAGGGCUCUCCGGGCUACAUCUGGAAAGAGGCCCUCCAACAUGAAGAGGGAGUCACCCACUUGCAAUCUGUUCCCUGCAUCCAAAAGCCCAGCAUCUUCUCCUCUUACCCGAUCGAAUCCCCCAGUCCGGGGGAGAGCUGGGCCCAGUGGGAGAGCAGCAGCCAGUGAGGAGACCAGAGCAGCCAAGUUGCGGGUGAGUGGGAGUGGGGAGUUUGUGGGAUUGACCCUGAAAUUUCUCCACUCCUCUCCACCAGGCCCACCCACCCCCAUCAGAUCCGUCCUGGCCCCACAGCCUUCUACCAGCAACUCUCAACGCCUGCCCCGGCCGCAGGGAGCAGCUGCUAAAUCUUCCAGUCAACUGCCCAUUCCCUCAGCCAUCCCCAGGCCUGCCAGCCGAAUGCCACUCACCAGCCGGAGUGUGCCACCUGGCAGAGGUGCCCUACCUCCGGAUUCUCUGUCAACUCGAAAAGGGCUUCCAAGACCAAGCACUGCAGGACCCAGAGUGCGGGAAAGUGGACACAAGGUUCCUGUUUCCCAGCGACUAAAUCUUCCUGUCAUGGGUGCCACUCGCAGCAAUCUGCAGCCCCCCAGGAAAGUGGCAGUCCCAGGACCUACCAGGUAAAGAGAUCAGGACAGCAAGCAAGACUUCAGUAGCAAACCACUACAGUCAGUACCUGGACUCGCCUCUACCCAGCAGACCCUGACUCCAGCAGAUUCUGGCCCAGGGACAGGAGGAAGAGAUGCCACCAGGGCUGGUCUCCCAGGAGUAGAGACCAUGGGAAAUGGGGUGGAUUAGGAUUGAGCUGGAGAAGACUUAAACUCUCUGGGUUGAAAGAAGAUUAGGGGAAAAGAGGUCACCUUCCAGCAGUGAAAUGAACAAAUAGAAGAUGAGAAGUACAGGCAAGUGGUUUGUCUUUAUCCACCCCCACUGUUGUGGUCAGCCCCAGAGAAUUUUAUCUUCUUCCUUGGCAUUGGUUCACUGGACAUUUCCAUGUGAGCGGCCUCCGUAGCUAACCUCCCUGCCCUCUGAGGAGCCAUCUUCCUGAAUCGCAUUCUCUACUGGACUCUGGCCUGCUUGGAGAGGUGGCAGCAGGCACCUGGUCUUCAGAAAUUGUUUCCUGUGAAUUCUGUGACUCCUAAUAGGCCAGUUUGUGAUAAGCUUACUCUAUGAGUCUUCAUUUUUCUAAAAUAAAGUGAAUGUAUUUUUAUAUUCUCUGUA